GGGAGCACAACGGAUUUUUGAUGUGUUGUCAUUUUUCUUCUCAUCUCCGAGAAGGAAUGUCCGGAGAUGGGAAGAAACACAUGGUGUUGGUUUAUGAACAACAAUAUAAGACACAUCAAAACUUUGACAAGGUAUGAAGUUAAAGAAGAAGAAGCUGCAUUGAUCUUCCCAAAAGAUCCUCCAUGGUUCAAGGCAUGGAUGGUUCCAGUGAUAAUGGUUUUUGUUUUCUUUAUCGUCGCUAUUGUAGGAAUUUGUCGACGUUGUCGAAAUUGUCGCCGUGGUGAAAAUUCUCCCAGCAUCCAUCCUAUCUCGCAGACCACAUAAUUUGUUUAGAUUUCUUUUCUUAUCAAAUGUAAAUUCUUUUCUGGUGCAAUGUGAAUUCUA